AUGGACGCAUUACUCGCCGAGUCGAACAAGUUAUGGGCCGCGAAACUCUUCGCCAAGGGCCGACUGCGCUCCGAAAAGUACAGUCAAUCUGGCUAUGGAACUUGCCAAUCAGAAGCAGAAGAUUCUGAAGCCUUUUAUUCCGAUUCGGAGGAAGAAUUGCAAUUUGAAACUGAAGGAGAAACUAUUGAUGAUUAUGAAUGGAAAGAACCUAUCAUCAGAUCAGCUACUCCUACUGGGCCGAGCCAGGCGCUUGACUCGAAGGGUCGAGGAUCUAGACUCUUCAAGUUGAAACAAGAAAGAAUGAAUAAAUUCACAAAAUCUGGGCAGGGCAAACUUUCCGGCCUCCCAACAGGCAGAAUUACCGAUCGUCAACGAUGCGGCUACGUUGCUCGAACCAAAUACGACAAGCCGGCGGAUCUGGACGACCCAAGUGGCACAGGUGCCAAGCCAAAACUCACCACAAUCGCGGAUAUGCAGAAGAAUGAUCCAACUUUUAUCGAUUUUACCAUGCCGAAACCACAGAAGAUCCAAGCCGAACGAGUUGUUAUUGAAAAACCACAAGGCGACUUACCCUUCAACUUUAUGAGGCCGAAUCAAUUCAAUGGCCAUGCAGGUGCCUUCGGUGCUCUAGCCAUGGAUCGACCUGCCAGUGCUUGUGGCGAGAGAAACGAGAGCAUCAAACCAUGGAGUGCUUAUGGUGGAAACUUCUCUUCUGUUAAAGCUCCCGUCAAGAACAUGAACUUCAACAACAUUAACCCAGUCAAAAAUACUCCAGAUGUCGCUAAAGAUUUUGGCUCACAGAUCAAUCAAAUCAGUACUAGCAGCUACAAGAAAAUGGGAAAACUCAACAUUCGAAAAACUAAAAAUCUGCCACCCGGUCUUCCAAGCAAACAUUUCGAGAACGCGACUGCUCUUGGAUUCAAAAAGCCAGCAAUUGGCAAAAUCGAAGUUCCUGGUAGAAAAAUGUCGAUGAAGGAUCUUCUCGUCGACAAAAAUGCGUCACUUCCCCCAUCACCCAGUCCCGUGCCACCCACACCUGUUGAGCCAAUGAAGCCUGCUAUUCACGAUUCGCAAUCUGCACAGUACUUGUCCUGGAACUGGGACAAGGAAGAAAGGUGUCCCACUAGAGCGGGUCCAGUGCCGAAUAAUUUUGUCUCCAAAAAGUGCAAUUUGGAGAAGCCUGCCAAAAGCAAAGGAGGUCUUAUCUAUGAGCCGUCCUUCCGAAUGGUUUGCCCGAGCCCAAGCAACAAGAUGUUCCGACCAAAAAGAUUCGACAAGAAUGUAAACCAGGCUGUUUGGACCCCUGGUUGCUAA